UAAAAAGGUAGGUUUGUUAUUGAUUUCAUUCAAAUAGAUAUCUCAAGAUGGCUUCCGUUCGUAGCGUUCUAGUUCUGGUAGUGCUGUGCAUCUUAGCUGGUGUAUACAGCCAGGCCACCGACGAAGAAGUACCGAUCAAUGCUGAUGAACUGGAAAACAUCAUAGAUGAGGCAGAAAUCAAAUCGAACAGUGGCAAUACUUGGGUCCCAUGUGACUUCUCCGGCGUUUCAACAGAGUCCUGUUACGACUGUAAUACUAGAAUCAUCUGUAAGAAAAUCGGUGGCCUGUUGCUUGAAUGCCCAAAGAACUUUGUACCUUAUUGCAAUGAAGGCAAGUGCUCCAAUGAACCUACUCCUGAAUGUGCUUAAUAAAUGUAAUUUUCUCUUGAAUAAAUGAUACUUUACUACAAAAA